GUGUGUCUCUGUCUCUCUCUCUCUCUCUCUGUGUCUCUGUGUGUCUGUGUCUCUCUCUCUGUCUGUGUGUCUCUCUCUGCCUGUGUCUCUCUGUCUCUGUGUCUGUGUGUGUGUGUCUCUCUCGGUCUUUCUCUGUGUGUCUCUCUCUGUGUCUCGCGCUGUGCCAGGGAUCAUGAGGUCGCUCCUGGCAGCAGCGGCGCUCCUGUGCGCGGUCGCGUGCGGCGGAGAGGGCAGGGUCCAGAGGACGUUGGAUUCCGGCUGGGGAAAUGACAUCGAGUGGGUUCAGACUUAUGAAGAGGGCCUUCUGAGAGCCAAGGAGACGAGGCAGCCGCUCAUGCUCAUCAUCUGGCUGGAAACCUGCCCCUACAGUAAAGAAUUACGUAACAGGAUGAGUCAACACAGAGCCAUUCAGAAGCUCGCCUCCGAGAACUUCAUCUGCCUCAACGUUCGAGCCGAGCCCAACGAUCAGAACCUGGCUCCGGAUGGUCGCUACGUUCCCAGGAUCAUGUUUGUGGACCCAUCGUGGACCGUGAGAGGCGACAUCACGGGCAGAUACUCCAACCACCUGUACCUCUACCAUGCGGCAGACGUGGAUCUACUCUACAAGUCCAUGAAUCGGGCCCUGCAGCUGCUCAAGGAUGAGCUGUGAGCGACGCCGGGUGCAAGCUGGUGCCGGGUUUAAUCAACCUGGUGGGAUGAUGGGUUGAGUGGACCUUCAUAGGUGGCGAUAAUAACAAUCACACAACUGGUAAAUGUUGAAAUCUGUUGAGAACCACCCGUAACUUGUGUAACGUUAUAAGGCUUCUGUAUUUGAUUCGACAAUGGUUAUGUAACGGAUAAGAUAAUGGUUCUUUAUUGGAUGAGAUCAUGCUUUUGUUUGGGAUGAAUAAUGGUGCAAAAUCGUAAGGUAUCAUCGUUCUGUAGUAUGGGACAAUGUUUGUUUUAUAAUGGAUGAGACAUUGAUUCUAUAUUGUAUAGGACAAUUAUAUUCUUUAAUAGUGAGACGAUGGUUUGUCAUGGAAUAAGACGAUGGCACGAAAUUGAAUGAUAACACAAUGAGUGGUUCGAACUUGGAUUGAGGCAAUUUUGUGGAGUGGAUGAGACAAUGGUUAUAUAAUGAUGCUUGAGAAUGCUUCUAUAAUGGAUGAAACAGUGGUUUCUUACUCUUUUUUUCUUUCGGUAAAGUCACGUAGGUAGAAAUAAAAUAAAAUAAAUCACGACGUUACGAACGCAACACAAGACGGGCGCUUGUGUUGCGUUCGAAACGUCGUGAUUUAUUUUAUUUUAUUGCUACCCAUGUGACUUUACCGAAAGAAACAAAGAGUAUGGAUUCCUGCAGUCACGAAAGCUUCAAAUCAAGAGUGGUUUCUUAUUGAAUGAAACAGUGGUUCUGUAUUGUAUGAGACAAUGACUCUGCAAUGGAUGAGACUAUGAUUCUAUAAAAAAUAACAUAAAACAACCUACAAUAAAGAACUAUUCCAGUGUAAA